GAUAUUGGCAGCACUAUUACAAAAUUGACACCGAACGGUGAGGUAGGCUCUUUUUCUGUUUUCAGCCCGUAUUUAUCGUGAAAAUUUCGCGAUUUUCGUGACGAUUCGUUACAGUUUACAACAUUUUGAUGCCUAUAUUUUACUGAGCGUAUAGCGGAGGGCUGUAUCAGCGCACCGUGACAACAGCGAUGGUAAUGGAGGCGUCCCCGUCCCCGUCCCCGCAGAGCGUCGGCCGCGAGUUCGUCCGCCAAUACUACACUCUGCUCAACAAAGCGCCCGCACACCUGCAUAGAUUCUACAAUAACUACUCGUCGUUCGUGCAUGGCGGGCUGGACGCGCCCAACCGCGAGACGCUGCCUGUCGUCGGACAGAAGCAGAUCCACAACCGUAUCCAGCAGCUCAACUUCCGCGACUGUCACGCCAAGAUCAGUCAGGUGGACGCGCAGGCCACGCUGGGCAACGGAGUCGUGGUGCAGGUCACCGGCGAGCUGUCCAACGCCGGCGCCCCCAUGAGGCGCUUCACGCAGACCUUCGUGUUGGCGGCGCAGUCGCCCAAGAAGUACUACGUGCACAACGACAUCUUCCGCUACCAGGACGUGGUGUUCUCCGACGAAGAAGGCGAAGGCUCCGGCCGCUCGGACGCCGAGGAGGAGGACGCGGCCGCCGGCGGGUACUUCCCGCCCGCUUUUCCGCCCGCGCCCUUCCCCGCGCCGCCGCACGCCCAGCUCGUGUCGCUGCCCGCGUCGCCGCAUCUCAACGGACACCCUCACGACGACCCCGCCAGGCACCUCGCGGCCGCGCUGCAGGCUGACCCCUCCGCCAUGUGUCCCGCGACACCGGCCGGAACCACCUCGACUCUGCGCCCCGUCUCCUCGGCCGGCACGAUCGCACCCGCCGCCGCCGCAGUCCCCGAGCGGGAAGAGGAACCGGCCCCGGAGCCCGAGCGUGAGCCGACGCCUCCGCCCCAGCAGCCGACGCCUCAACCGAUGCCUCAACCCGCGGCGGCCGCCCCUCCGGAACCCAAAACGUACGCCAACCUGCUGAAGUCUGGAUCGAGUGCUAGUACAACGCGUGGCUCACCCCCUGCGCCCCCCGCACCCGUUCCCGCUCCCUCAUCUGCGCCGGCGCCCGCCUCGCACGAGCCCCGCGCACGCCCGCCCAGGAGCGCUCAGCCACAGCAGCAGGCCGGCAACCAGGACGGCGGUCGUCGGUACUCGGACGCCCAGCAACUGUUCCUGGGCAACCUGCCGCACUCCGCCACGGAGGAGAGUCUGCGUGCUAUCUUUUCUCGGUUCGGUCCCGUGGCCGAGCUGCGCGUGCACAGCAAGCCCGCCGCGCCCGGAGCGCCGCGCCACCCUAAUUACGGCUUCAUCACCUACGAGACGGCGCAGGCCGCCGCCGACUGUCUGCUGGCCGCCGCCAACGAGCCGCUGUACUUCCCUGGCGAGGGCGGUGAGGGCGGCGAGGGCGCCGGCGUCAAGCUCAACGUGGAGGAGAAGAAGACCCGCGGACGCGAGCCCCCGCGCCGCCGCCCGCUGUCGUCUCACCGCGCCUCCUUCCAGCCACGCCAGAACUUCCGCCGCUAAGGGGCGCCCCGCGGCCUCCUCAGUCGACCCCCGCCCCCUCCUCCCGACCCUCCACCCCGCGCCACCCCGCGCUUCGCAUUUCGCUUCUUUCGUUAAGUAGUUAGAUAGUAAAUUAAUUUAGUCGGCGAGGUCGUCGACCAGCCCCGAUCUUCGAACCUUCUCCUGCGGUCUCUCGGACCGCGACCGCCACCGACCGCGGUCCGCGAGUCGUCGGCGGUGUCGGUCGCGGCCGGCCUGUACGUGUAUGUUUUGUAAUUACUUAUAAUAGUUUUAUAUUAAGCACUUUAAAUUUAAUUUUGGUUAAUUUUAACGAGUAUCCUGUACACUUGUAACUUUCGUGUGAAUAUUAUUUAUACUGAUCGUGAAUUCGGCCACGUCCGUGGCGUACCGCGCAGUGGACGCGGUGGAGACAGCUCCCCCACUGAACGUUUCUGGCAUGUCUCUACGAACGUAUCGAACGCCUCACUAUGAUCCGCGGCGGCUGAGCGCCGACCGGUGACCGUCUUCAUGAAGACACCUGGAAAUCCGGAGUAGUUUUCAAACACAGGGUCGUGACGCCCCCCCUCCCCCUCCCCGCGCUCUGCACGCCCCUCUCCCGGUGUCGCGGCGCUCCUCGGCGAUGCCGGCGGGAGUAGAAUGUGUUCCGAUCAUGGAAUCGAUGUGAUUUUACAAGUUUUGUAUAUUUUAAUUAUAUGUUAGGUUACCAUCGGCUCGUCCGUGACCCCGGCUGGCCUCCGGCGACAUUGGGAAGGUUGAGUGAAUGAGUGAGUAGUCCCCCCCAGAGCGGCGCGGGCCCCGGAGCACGGCCGGCACCUUCCCCGUGUCGCUGGACCCUCCGUCCUCUUCGCUCGUUUCAUUUUUUAUUCGCAGCUUAGAAAAUUACUGCUAUUUUUAUUAUAAUAUUUUGAUACAAAAUAUUUGACUAUUUUGUUAAUGAAGUUGUACAUGGUCCCCUCACUGUGAAAGAUCCACUCCGUAUGUUCGCUCGCCGUAUGUUCGUCUAAUUUGCUUGUGUCGGUAUCACUGACUCCUAAUCAUUAUAUUUUUCGGUCCGACACGUCCGCUCCUCGGCUGGCCGUCUUUCUGAUCGCGUUGUUGUCGAGAACGUAUCGUGAACUCACUGAACGGUUCGGACUUUGUUCUCCGAGUUCCGUCGUCAAGUCGAGGCGGAGGUCUCGCUGUCCACUAUACUCGCAGCAGACGAGUCGUUACAAUAUUAGAUCGGUGCCACGUCGCAGUCCGAUGUCCUCCGGAGAGAAAUAUCUUUAAUUAUAUAAAUUAUGUAACAAAAAUAUAAUAGUACAUGUGUUGAGUCACGAACGGUGUCGCAUCGGGCGGAGUCGGGGCGCAGUGCGCGUCGCCGCUGUUUGCCGACGUGUAAUAUUUAUAAGGAAGGGUGGCGACGUGUCCGCACACUCCGCCCGCUGCGGGUGCCGUCACGUGACGACCUGUUCUUACAGUCGAGAGACGCCCCUGUGGUGUCGCUGGAAUGAUUUGUUUCUGCCCCGUGUGUCUGCCAGCUGCCAGGCCGCCCCCGGCCGCCCCCGGCCGCCAGGUCUGGGAACUUUUCUAAGGGUCUAAAUUGUUUCCAGUGUGUUAUAGUCGGUGUGGCGCCGUGUCCGCGUCACUCGACCUCUGACACGACGCGUGUAACGUUGCCCUCUCUAAUAGAGACGUACUUUUUGUAAA